AUGAUCAACUAUAAUCCUCUAUGCUUCCUUUGCUGUUUUGUUCUGCCCAUCUUUCUCUUCGUUUAUCCCACAAAUGCUUCUUCUAGAAACAAUGCAACACCAUUGGUGGAUCAAGUGUGUGCCAACACUUCAAACUACUCAUUCUGCACUGAGACUCUUUAUUCUGACCCACACACUCGAGACGCAGAUCGCUUUGGACUAGCCGCUGUUGCAUUUCAUUUGGCAUACCUCAAUGCCACAGCCACCAAAGACUACAUAGACAACCUGCUCAAGAAGAAUUCAACUUCAAAAUCCCAAUAUCACAAGGAUCUUCAAAAGUGUGCUAGUGAUUAUAAAAAGGCUGUGUCUGCAAUUGGAGCAGCUUGCGAUGACUUGAACUCUGAGUCUUACUAUGACUUGGCUGAUUAUGUUGGUGUUGCUUCUCAUCGUGCUGAUGACUGUCAACAUGCUCUCAAAGGAAAACAUGAUUCCCUCCUUAACUCCAUGAACAAUGACUUGAAGGGUCUUUGUGAAAUUUGUGUAGUUAUUUCUAAAUUGUUCAACACCAUAGGCUUCUAA